UGACGUCAUCGCGUAAACAAACCUGUAGCGGAAGUCCUGGUCAAAACAAAAACACCUGGAACAUGUCAGCGACUCCUCCGGGAUCAUAACCCCCAGACGACCCGCAUGGGGUCGUAGCAAGAUCCACGGUGAGGUCUGGAUCCUCCCCUUUAAAUAUCAGCCUUAGCUUAGGUUAGCUUAGCUGGAUCCCUAGCCUAGCCUAGCCUAGCCUAGCCUAGCUCCAUGGCGUCCUCGGCGGGGCUACGGCCGCUCGGCCCGGGCCGUGCUGCUUCGUCCCCCGGUCCUCAACCCGUUGCCAGGCCGCCUCUCCGUGCUCACCCCCCGGGCUGUGUGAUGGUGGAGUCGGUGGAUGACGCGGAGGGGCUGUCGGUGGCGGUGGAGCGGUGUCCGCUGUGCAGCUCCUCCCGCCGCAGACUCACCUGCGCCCGGUGCGUCCAGGCCGGAGACUUCGCGUCGAUGGACGGCAGGAACCCGGAAAGAUAUUGUGAGAAGAUGGAGCGGCUGAAGAAGCUCCAGGAUCAGAAGCAGCAGCUGCAGCAGAGCGUCCUCCGGGCCAUGGACGGGAAGCUGCAAGCUGACCAGAUGAAAUGGAAGAUCAUGUCGUGUCGGAUGAAGAUCGAGCAGCUGAAGGAGGCGGUGGCUGCGGCCAACGAGGAGGUAAAAGGAGACAAGGAGCUGCUGCUUCGCUCUCAGGACGAGGCUCAGAGGCUGCAGCGCCGGGCCGGACGUCACCAGGACAAACGGGACAAGAUCGAGAGACACAACCGGCGUCUGGGAGAACUCCUGGACAGACGAGGCCGAGAGCUGCAGAGCAAACUGGGGCAGCUGGCGGAGCUGAGGAGGGGCCACAUCCUGGAGCUCAGCACCCACAUCUUCCCCACCCAGGAGGACAAGCAGGGCAGCAGAGACCCGGCAGACAUGGCGCCGGAUGGCGACCCCGCCCUCACCUCCAGCACGGUGAGCCAGCUGGCCGAGGCUCGGAGGACCACGUACCUGUCGGGUCGCUGGAUCUGGGACGACCAGAACGGAGAGACCAGCAUCAGCAUCACGGGCCCCCCCGUUAGUCUGCCUAGCAACGGGGACUGCUCCGCCUACUACACCUGGGUGGAGGAGAAGAGCACCAAUCAGGGGCCAGAGCUGGACCACAUUAACCCCGCCCACACCAUCAGCGCCGCCCUGUGCUACGCCACGCAGCUCACCACCAUCCUGUCGCACAUCCUGGACGUCAACCUACCCAAGAAGCUCUGCAACAGUGAGUUCUGUGGAGAGAAUCUGAGCCGAUAUCGAUUCACCAGAGCUCUGAGUAAACUCAACACCAACGUCCUGCACCUCUGCUUCUCCCAGCACGUUGACAGUGAGAAGCUCCACCCCCACCACACCCUGAGGAACAUCAUGUUCCUGGUUGCCCCAGACAACGACAACCUGGGCAGGACCGGUCCGUUCGAGGUCAGUGCUGACCUGGAGGAAUCAAUGGAGUUUGUGGAGCCGGAAGCGUCCGGUCCAACCGAGGAGAGCGGAGACGAGAUGGUUACAGAUGAGGAGACGGACCUGGGGACGGACUGGGAGACGGUACCGAGCCCCCGGUUCUGUGACAUCCCCUCUCAGCCCAUGGAUCUUUCCCAGAGUGCUUUGCAGGUGUCCCAGCCGGCUGCAAACACCGGAGGAAUGAUCUCGUCCGCUGCUGCUUCCGUCACUUCCUGGUUCAGAGCGUACACCGGCCAGCGCUGACCCUGACCCGUUAGGCCAGAGGUCACAGGACACUGAAGCCCCGCCCCCUCUCAUCACCUGAGAGUGUCAUCUAGUGUAGCUGUAAUUAGAUAUGUCCCGGUCCAAUGAUGUCUUCGCCAAACAUUGGGCCCUGCGACCCUUCAGCCCCCUCACAUCCUCCCAGACCCCGGGGCCCCUCGGUGCCUCCAGGGUAGAUGAAGUCUGCACCGUCGCUGUCAAAGGGAACAGUUUUAGUUUCGUCGCAG